AUGCCAGACGACAUCCUCGGAGUAAAGAUGACAUCUGUUGACACUGGAGGCCCUCUUUCCCGAUAUGGGUGGCCUGCAAGCUGUUCGGAUCUUCAGUUUGAAAUUGCUGAUGGUUUCGAAGGAGGGGUUGCGGGCACGCCUCCUUAUAUACUCACCGUCGCGCCAGCUCUCCGAACACCCGUAAACAUUACCUUUGUGAAAAGUGCGAGAUGGACGGUGACCCUCGACCACGGCCACCCCUUUUUCGUAUCCGUCACUGACUCUAAGGGUAUCACUUGGAGUAACGGUCCACUCCACGGUGGUGCUGGAACUCGAGCCUGCCUCAGCCCUCCUCCUCCAUACCCAUGGCUAACCCUGUCCACAAGCCUGGGAAUGUCAUUCUCUUUUCUGAUCCUUGGUAUUAUCCUUGCUUCGGUUUGCGCUUGGUUUAUUGGCUUUCGACGACCUGUCCACUUUGCCAGCAUGGCCACUCGGAGUCCAGAUCCAACUCACAGGCGCGAAUCCAAAGCAGAUACAGGAACUAUACGAGCAGAUACUCGGCUGUCACAAACAGCGAGCAGUCGUCAUGGAUCCGCCAGUGCACCAGUGGCUCGAGGGGUCGCGAGUCCGAAACUCUUCAGCGGUUUAAUCCUCCGCCGCCCCUCCAAUACCCGAGCUACAAGUUCGGAGAUGGGACUCAUACCUGGUCGUCGUCCAACCAUUCGACGUGCAGAGACAAAUGACAAUCUCGACUUGGCAGGUUCACCGACGGAGGAUGUCCAACAACGCCCGUUCGCAUUGGGGCACGAGAGUCCUCGAAGAAUGGAGAAUGAAGGUGCUAUCACACCUUGGACAUCUGCCAAUGCAGUGCAGCAACCAGCCAGAGAGGUUGCCCUCGGAACAGCCGCACCGGCAGCAUAUCCAAAAGGCCACUUUGUCUCAAAUUCUGCUUCCAGUGGACCUAGUCCGACUGCAGUAGGUACAUCCUCUCAAACCCCAAGGCAUUCGUCGUCACCCUCUGGACAAAUUCCGAUCAUUGCCGCACCUCAGCCACAUCUCCACCAUGGUUCAUUCUCAUCGACUACCUCUCCGAUGCUCAUCUCUCCCCCACCGAGCGGCAUGAACCCACAACUGCAAUCUCACGAAGUCUACGUUGUACAUCAUGAUGCCGGUUUGCCGCCCCCUGUCACCGUAUUUGCCCUUCCGGGUACGCGAGUGACCGAGCUUCCCCCCGGAUAUGAUCAUAUCCUCGCGGCUACUCCUCGACCAGAAGAAGCCACUCUACCAACGACAAGUGGGGGAGGUAUCGACGAUGGAGCUUCAAGGGACCCCAAACCGUCCCUUUCACUGCCUCUCAUAAGAUCUACUCCCUCUCGCCCGCCUUUACAAACGCAAGCGAGUGCCAGGUCAACCAAUUCUGGAAUGGCACUGGUACACGCCGAGGAUGUCCCUCAAUCUGCAAUCUCUCCUACCUCUGGAAAUAGUCUCUCACCAGCCUCUCCGGGCCAAGAGCACGCGCCUUGA